AUGAGCAAGCGACACGCCACCGAGGCGCUCGAAGACUUGCAGGGCAUCGCCUCGCCCUCCUCCAAACGAUCACGGACGCACGAGGCCGAAUCGCCUAUCGAAGGCAAAAGCAUAGCGGGCGCGUUGGAGAACGGUGGCAUAAACGGGCACGAAGCUACAGCGCGCGGCAGUGACGAUAAAGACGACGACGACGACGACGACGAGUUUGAAGGCGCAGAUGCGGCGCCCAUCGCAGCGCCCACGCGGCAGGCCAACCCAGCCGCAGGCUAUGACGACCUGUACCUCGACACCAUCGACCGCAACGUGCUCGACUUUGACUUUGAGAAACUGUGCUCGAUAUCGCUCUCCAACAUAAACGUCUACGCGUGCCUCGUCUGCGGACGCUACUUCCAGGGCCGCGGGCCAAAGUCGCACGCCUACUUCCACGCGCUCGACGAGGACCACCACGUCUACAUCAACCUCGAGACGCAGAAGGUCUACGUGCUACCCGAGGGCUACGAGGUCAAGAGCAAGGCGCUCGACGACAUCAAAUACGUGUCGGAUCCGAGGUACACCAAGAAGGAGGUCAUGGAGCUGGACCGGCCGGCCGCGGCGGCGCGAACGAAGAGCUGGACGCUGAGCGGCAAGGAGUACGUGCCGGGCUUCGUGGGCAUGAACAACAUCAAGGAGAACGACUACCUCAACGUCGUCGUGCAGGCGCUGUCGCACGUCACGCCGCUGCGCAACUACAUGCUGCUCGAGGACUUCUCCGGCAAGUCGGAGCUGGUCAAGCGGUGCAGCAUUCUGUUCCGCAAGAUCUGGAACCCGCGAGCCUUCCGGUCGCACGUGUCGCCGCACGAGCUGCUGCAGGAGAUCGCGCUGCGCUCCAACAAGCGCUUCACGCUGACCGCGCAGUCGGACCCCGUCGACUUCCUCCUCUGGUUCCUCAACAACCUGCACCUCGGGCUUGGCGGCAGCAAGACGCGGCCGGGCAGCUCCAUGGUGCAGCGCGCCUUCCAGGGCCGGCUCAAGGUCGAAUCGCAGGCCAUCACGGCGCGCGCCGACGCCGGCGACCGGCUGCGCUUCGAGGACGCCGGCGCCGUGCAGGUCGACGUCGCGCCCUUCCUCCUGCUCACCCUGGACCUGCCGCCCGCGCCGCUCUUCCGCGACGAGAGCGCGCAGAACAUCAUCCCGCAGGUGCCGCUGACCACGCUGCUCGCCAAGUACGACGGGCGCGCCGCGCAGGAGCACCACGCGCAGCGCAAGCGCUUCCGCCUGCUGCACCCGCUGCCGCCGCUGCUCGCGCUGCACGUCCGCCGCUUCGGCCGCAACAAGUUCGUGACGGAGCGCAACCCGACCAUCGUCACCUUUGACGCCCGCGCGGGGAUCGACCUCGCGCCGUACGUCGAGCCCAGCCCGGCGCACCACCCGCCCGGCGAGCCCGUGUGGUACGACCUCGUCGCCAACGUGGUGCACGAGGCCGUCCGCGCGGCCAAGGACGACGUCGCGGACACGGGCGAGGAGCGCAAGACGUGGAGGGUCCAGCUGCGCGACAAGGCCACCGGCGAGUGGGUGGUCUGCCAGGACCUCUUCGUCGACAAGGUCCAGGCCGAGCUGCUGUACCUCGGGGAGUCAUAUCUGCAGAUCUGGGAGCGCAGGAGGGAGGCCCCGGGCAAGGGCAAGGCGAACGCGACAUAG